AUGCCCUUCCGCCAUCUUGCAAGAAUUGCUCUUUAUGUUGCAAGUGUUGAAAACAGGUUAAUUGUAAGGUGUUUUUCUCGUUCAUUCACUUUCAAAAUGCCUCCCAAAAAGAAGGAAGAAGAAAAACCAACACCUUUAAUGGGAAGAUUUGGAACGUCACUGAAGUGCGGAAUAGUAGGGCUUCCAAAUGUAGGGUAAGUCAAUUGAAUACGUGCAUGCAACAGGUCUAUAUUUUUUUUCGCCUGAUCGUGAGUCUGUUGUUUAUCCACGUGGAUUUUCAGGAAAUCAACCUUCUUCAAUGUUUUGACCAAGAGUGCAGCAGCAGCCGAAAAUUUUCCAUUCUGCACAAUAGGUCAGUGUAUAGUAAGCAGUGCUACUUCUAGCUCGAAAUGAUAACUGUCUUUAUUUUAUUUCCAUGUUCUCUGUCUCGUACCCUUCAGGAGCCCUUCGAUCUUCCCAGAUAAGUCGGGAGGAUGGAAGGAGUUGUGGGAAUUUCGAGACACCGCUAGGAUACAUGGGUGUCCUAUCGUUACUGAUCAAAAUUUCAAUGUCUUGAAAUUGUGUGGCUGUUUCAGAGUUAAUCUAUUUUACAGAAAAUCAGUGAAUUCGCCUCCAAUCGAUGAGAUUUAUCUCGUUGUUUAUUUUUUUAAACGUCGUAGAAUUGAUUAAUGCAGGUUAACAUUGUCAAUCAAUUGAUCUUCUCUACCUUCACGUGAGAAUUUUCCAAAUUAUGCUUUACCAUGCAUGCAAGCACCACAGUUUCAAAAAUCACAUGUACCUCUUCGGCACUGCAUCUAAGUUCAGCUUUUCAGUGACUCUUCAAUGGCUGUGAGGGUCAGGGAGACUAGACUUGCACCAAGUCGACUUCUUUUAUCAGAAACAAGAUGAUCACUCGCAGGGGGGUUAAUUAACAUUGGGGUGAACUCGAUUUAUUACAGGACUUACUCACUAUCGGGAAAAACCACUGGUUGACCUAGCAGUGUAAGGGUCUUUAUCUCCUUUUCUACUAUUGUGUUUUAUGCUAUUGAGGAUGGUGAUUGCUAACUACUUUUUUGCAACCAGGGAGGAGUUAACACGCUAGGAGGUCUUAUAUAUUGUUUUAUAAAGUGUCCAGGUUUAUUAUUAUUCAUAUAAUCUGCUUGACUCUUUACCUCAGCUUAUCAUUUUUCCAGUCAUAAAUUGGUGCUUGAAGGCCUUUAGAACAUUAUAGCCUUAAAAAGCAGAUGCUGCCAGUCAUUUUGUAGAGGAAGUGAUUUAGAACUUGUUUGAGUCUUUUACAUGUUCAUUUCUGUCAUUCACAAAUCAGUGGCGUCUCUUUCUAAAUAAACCUGUUACAUUUACACCAAUUGCAAUGAUAAUAUUAUUAUUUAUUAACAAUAUUUCUUGUAUUUUUAUUUUUCAGAUCCCAAUGAAAAUAAGUAUCAUUCAAUUUUGUCAUAGUACUUACAGGUAGCCUUCAAACAGGCAGUGAAAAUGUCAAUAGAGCAUUUUUACGUGAUGUCACAGUGGCUACGUUAGUGUUCCAGAACAAUGGAACAGUGGCCUUGUUAGUUUGCUAAGCCAAUCAUAUGGGGGUUGUACUCUUUUCUAAAUAAGAAAACACUUACUUUUGUUCCAGGAAAUUUACCUCGUGAAAAUGCUCUAUGGACAGUGGAACCUGUCUUCAAUAUAGACACCCUAGUAGAGUGGACAGCUUCCUUUUUCAUGUUGUUCCUAACAUGCGAGCCCAUGAUAUUUGUUUUGUGAGCCAGUAAAUCCUAACAGAAGAUGCUUUGGCAUGUACUUUUCCAUGGUCGUUACUUGUAUUACUGUGGAACUGCACAGAAAUCCUUCCUUACAACAAAAGUUGCCCACAGUUUCCUGAGUUUCACAGUGAAAAACUCAAGUAAAUUUGUGUCGAUAGAUAAUCCUUUUUUAUUCUUUCUUUCUGUUGCACGUCGAGUGGCUGUUCCAGAUGAAAGAUGGGAUUUCUUGUGUGAUUUUCACAAGCCUGCAAGGUACAGUAACAUCUAAUGCACAAACAUUUUUUGUCUGGAAUCAAAAGCACUUUUCUGCAAUAGGUUGUUGAUCUUAUCUUGUAAUAAUGUAAUACUUUUAAUACGGUUUUGGCUUUUCAAAGAAGUUUAUUGUAAGGGGCAGUGAAUUUUUCAAGGGCUGUAUAGUACUACCUUUAGUUGUCCCAAUUACCUACUUCACUUUGGAAUGUAACGUGUCGCUGUACAGGAUAAGCAGUUAGUUCAGUCUCUGUUGAUAGCAAUAUCUGUUUGUCUUACUUUUAGUAAACUAGAAACAUCCAUAACUUGAAAGCCUCAAUCUAAGAGUACCUUAGUUUCCUUUUGUGUCUACAUGAUGCCCCCUUUGUACUCUUAUAGACAGAUACUUAGACUGUAUCUAAAGGGAAGGAAUUGCCACAUUAUCAGCACUUAUUAACUUGUAUUUCCUUUACAGCAAAGUUCCAGCUUUUCUUCAUGUGACAGAUAUUGCUGGUCUAGUGCAAGGGGCACACGAAGGCCAGGUUUGUAUGUCUUUAAAAAUAGGAAACAUUCCUAUUUACUUCAAUGUGCUUUCUUCUCUUCUUCUUACUUAACUGAUUUUGAUUGUUUUAUUAAUGCUGCAAUAAGAAUCAAUGGACAUAAUGAAUUGACAUGCUCUUUUUGACACCUUGAUUAUUCUUACUAACUAUCUCAGUUUAGCUAUCUGUUAAUAAUUAGCAAACAGCUAAACUGGGCUAUUAUCUAUUGAUUUGUUUUGAUAUUGAACUGUAAAACUAGGUACUUCUUACUUGUACUUUUAUGGUAAGCAAAGAGGGGGCAGAUCUUUCUUGAGUAAAAAAGGCUAAUUUAACAUAAAGUAAGCCAACCUUUUAACACCUCAAACCUUGCAUCUGAGUUGCUCCGUUCUUCUGUUGGUGCCUUUAUUGGCAGUACGAAAUCAGAAAACUGAAUUGAGAAUGUUCAAUUCCCCUCAACCUACUAAUUGAAUACCUUGGAAACUGAUAUUGUAGUGACAGCCCUGGGUUAAGGUUCAAACCUUGUAAUUUCGUUGUUUUGAAACCAAGUUACCUUUACUCCACUAUGUUUCUCCUGACCUAGGUGUAUAAUAGGUACCAGUAACUUACUGCUGGGGUAACCUGGCAGCUGAAAGGGUGGUAGCAUUACUUGUUGGUGCUUCGUGCCACAAAAACUGGGUUAAGCUCCAGUUGUGUGUUCCCCAUUGGCUCAUUUGUGCCCUAACCUUGUUUAUUCCACCUACCGUGAACAGCUGUAAUGUAUUAGUAGUAUUAUAAUACUAUUAUUAGUGAUAUAUGGAGCGUACAGUUUUUGAGACUGGUUAUAUUGUCACCUGUAGGGUUUAGGGAAUGCCUUUUUGUCUCAUAUUUGGGCGUGUGAUGCUAUAUUCCAUAUGAUACGUGAGUACAAUUAAGUCAUUUUUUCAUUAUGUAACAUUCUCUGUAUAAUAAGUUGUACUGAUAAUGUAUAAUUUUGAUUUGAUGUGACAAGGUGCAUUUGAGGGUGAAGAUGUAACUCAUGUAGAAGGAGAUGUAAACCCUGUGCGAGACCUGGAAAUCAUCUCAGAGGAAUUGAGGAAAAAGGUAGAGUAACAUGAAAAUACAAAAAUAAUAUUUUCUGUACAUUCUACAAGAGGUCUUCUUCUUCUUGUCAGGUAUGGAGAUCACAUUAUUUUUACAAUCAACACAUUACCUUUUUUUUCUUAAGGAUGAAGAAUACCUAAAAGAUAAAGUUGUAAGUAUCAUUGUUUUAAGUCUUCCAGUUUAUCUUACAGUACAUGAUAAUUUAAACUUAUUAGUAUAAUGGCAUUAGCUCCCACAAGUCUCUUGUUGCCCAGUGGUAGAGCAUUUGGACUAGUAACCAGAAGGUGGAUGAAACCUAUUCAGCAAAUUAUUAUAAGGUGGCAAUCUGACUGAUUAAAAUAAUUUCUAUCAUUUUGUUGUAUUUUUAGAGCAACAUGGAAAAGACAGUAGUGAGAGGUGGAGAUAAAAAGAGACUAGGAGAAUUUGUAAGUGAAUCUAAAUUCAUUUCCAACUCUACUUUUUUGAAUAAGGUGGCUAUUAAUCAUUUGCUUUUGUUACUUGUAGGAAAGCCUAAAAAAAAUAUAUCACUCUGUCUCAGAGGAUAAAAAGCAUGUUAGGUUUGAAACAUGGGAUACAAAGGAAGUGAGUGUAUAAUAAUAUUGUUGCAAAGGAAACUUCACCUUUAAAUAAUAAUUUAAAUAAUUUAUUGCUAGCUUACUACUCCUUCUUGGCUAAUUAAAAAGCCAGCACUGUUACUUUUCUCUUUCAUCCCCCUGCGAAGUUAUCAUGUUUAGUUUUACCUUGCAUUAUAUAUUUUUCCACUCUUGCACAUUUUUACUGUACAAGUGUUGAACUGUUCUUAGUCCCCUAUUUUUCUUUGUGAUUGUCAAGAGCAGUCACCGAUUUUGAGACACUUUCAUCUUGUUUUUGUGUGGUGAUUGAAAUCUGGAGAGAUAUGGCAGCCCAUUUAAGUAAUUAUUAAGCCCUUGAUUGAAACAAUCCUUCCAAAAAUAGGGGUUUUUCAGUCAAAAAAUAGAUACAGUGGUAAAAGUGAGAGUCAAGGACCAUGUGCUCGCUCACUUGCAAAAGGCCACACAUAGCAGAUACUCAGUAAGUCUCUUUGUUUAUUUCAGAUUGAAGUUCUCAACAAGCAUUUGUUGCUCACAUCAAAACCUGUUAUAUACCUUGUGAAUUUAUCUGAGAAAGACUACAUUAGGAAGAAGAACAAGUGGUCAGUUCUUUUUUCUAAUAAUUAUUAUCCUUAAUUAUGGUCAAAACUUGUAGCUUGACUUGUGAAUGACAGAGUGUUAAAUGAAAGAAAAAACCUUUUUGCAGGUUAGCAAAGAUAAAGGAGUGGGUAGAUACAAAUGAUAGUGGAGCUGUUAUCAUUCCUCUUAGUGGAGCCCUGGAAUAUAAGGUGCUGUUUUCUUUAAUAGAAGGAGAAUUUAUCACAUCAUUAUGCAAACUGUGAACCAAACAAAAACUGGUUUAAGUAGCAUGCUCAUUUUCUUCAUAUUUUCAGGGUAUAGGAGUUGCAGAUGAUGCAUGAAUUUUGCUUUUUGUGCCAGUUUUGGAAAUUUUGUUCAUUUCAACUACACAAGUUGUUUUGUGUAUCCAUCAGUCCCAGAAAGAACUUUUCAACGCAAGCUAUUUUUGAGAACAAAAAUUAACGAUAGCAAUGAAUGACAUUUUGAUGACUCCAUGCCAUCAUUUUCAAAUUCGUGUAGUUCUUAAUUCUGUGAGUUCAAUAUGUAGGGAGUUACGUGUGAAAGUUUAGUUGCAUGUGAUUAAAAGAGAAAGUUAGGUAAAUGUUUUUGUUUUGAUAGACUCAGAUUGGGUGUUCAGUUUAGGUUUCUUUUCUUUGAUAAAGAGAAUUUCAUAAAUUAAGCAAUCCAGCUAUUUUUAUUCGUUUUUUUUUAUCCAGCUCUUAGAUAUGAGUCCAGAAGAAGCAGAGAAGUACCUUAAAGAUGCUGGAACACAAAGGUAUUAAGAACUUAGCAUUAUCUGGCCUCUGCACAACACUUCGAACAAUUCACAGGAAUGGUUCCCUAAUGGGCCUCCCUGAUGCUAGAUGAGGGAGUCCAACCAAUGGAUGAAAUAAUCUGCCAUCUAUGUAGCACUGACUUUUUUACUCUAAUUAAUGUUUUUCUGUUUCUUUUUCCAGUGCUCUUGCUAAAAUUGUCACCACUGGAUUCAAAGCUCUUCAGCUUCAGUAUUUCUUCACUGCUGGCAAAGAUGAAGUCAAAGCCUGGACAAUUUUGGCGAGUAUAAUGAGUUUUAACUGAGAACACAUGUUUUUAACUUUGUACACUUAAGCAACCUUCCACAGUUUGAGAAACUUUAAGAUAACGCAGUUUAACUCAAACCUUGCUUUUUCCGUUAUUGUGCAGCAGUAUUACCAAAUGCAAAUUCCUUUCCAGCCCACAGUCACUUACUUCUCAUGUUCGUGUAAAGGUGGUGAACAUAGCCUACAUGGGAGGCGCUUCAGCAGUCCAACUUGUUCCCAGUCAAAGCAUUGUGUUCUUUUGGGCAUGAUUUUCCCCUUUGCUGCUCCCUUGGAAAACCUACCCCUCUGGCUAUCUAUGAGAAGGCUUGUGGCAGUCGUAAGGUUUAAAAGUCUGCUCUUUGUCACUGCGUAGAUACUGGUGUCUUACACUCCCUAUUGUUUCUCAGUUCCACCAAUUCUCACUUUCAACCGUUUUGGCCACUUUGUUUAAAACUACUAACACGAGAAGGAAAAUCAAGUAUGGAGGAGCCUAGAGUUUAUAGAUUGAAAAAGCCAUGGUCACAGAAGUCUAGAGGGCAUUUAUUUGUUUUAAACUUUUUAUUUUGGGGGUAAUUUUUACAGAAAGGGACGAAAGCACCUCAGGCAGCUGGUAAGAUUCAUACUGACUUUGAGAAAGGCUUCAUUAUGGCUGAAGUGAUGAAAUUUGAUGAUUUCAAGGAGCAUGGCUCUGAGACGGCAGUCAAGGUUAGUGUUACAGUUCUUAAGAAAGUAGGCAUGAUAACUUAGAAUAGUUGUCUUAACUAGUUUGAAAGGACCAACUUAUGAGACAGCUUUCCUCAUUUUUGCUGUAGUUUAAAUUUUCAUUGGUUUCAGAUCUAUUAAUUUGAUAGUUUAUUUUGUACAAUUAUUAGUGUCAGAGCUUUUCACCCCGAUGUAGGCACUAUGUGGUUUGUCCUUCCCUUCCCACUCCUCCGUCCUCUCUCUCCCGCCCAGAUCAACCUUUUUCACAUGUAGCUAGGAAAAGAAACCUCUGGCAAGCUUAUUUGAAACUAAACUGAAAAGGGUAUUGAACAGAGUUCUUUUGCGGUCUUGGAUUAUCCAAACUCAACUGUAAAGAGUUCAGGGAAGAAGGUACUAGUGUCCCAUCCAGUCGGGGGUGGGGAUGCGGGAUUCAGGUUACAGAAACGAGGCAAAUCUCCGGCUGUUUGGCCCUCAUUGCUUAGGUGCGCCUUUACCAAUCUCAAGGAUACCUCAACUGAACCCACCUACCUUUCUUGGUGAGUCUUAUAAUAUCUAUUUUAUUUCUUUUACAGGCUGCAGGCAAAUACAGACAGGAAGGAAAGAACUAUGUAGUUCACGACGGAGAUAUAAUAUUCUUUAAAUUUAAUGCCGGCGCUGGUUUAACAGACAAAAAGAAAGUGAAAUAACGAAAGAAUAUAAAUCAGAUUAAAUACUUAUCACCAAGUAGCGGAAUAGAAGGACGUCAAAUUAAAACACACCACUUCGGUCAUCACUGCGCUUUUAAGCAAGAAAAAAGACCUAGAGUUCUUUUGCAUGAAAUAGCAGACUUUUGAACUGGCUGAGAGAUUUCCUGUGGAUGCAGCAAUUUCUAGUAUGACAAUAUCGAAAAGAGAAGCUGUCAUGUUUA